AUGAUUAAAGAGUAUUUCCAAAGGAUCCUAAGGAUCUUUCUUCGAGGAGAACGCCGCGGAGGCUCGGAUCGACGAGCAGCGAAGACAAUAGGAGGGGUGAUCGACGUCCACGCACCUCGUCAUCCUCCCGAUGGCUGCGAGCGAAGCGUACAAACGAACCUCCGGUGGCCCGUGCGUUAUAUAAUUGUGGCAGAUUACUUCCAGCGUUGGUCACAUGCAUGCUGCCACGCUUGGCCUCUCUGCUUACCUAAGUGUCUACGAUCCAUGCCAGUGGAUAUUCGGACACCGGACGAUUUCACCGGCGGCGUCGCGAGGAUGGAACCGCAGCCGGGGACACCGAGACACAGGUUCACGUGGAGCCGCGUCAAGGAACUUCUGUUGGACUUUCAUUUGAAUUCCGACCGCGUGUUUUAUCGCAUUGGGUUAAAUAUUGGAAAGAAACCCUGGCUAUGGUUGGUGGUGUCCUUCUGCAUAAAUUGCAUCUGUGCGCCCGGGAUAGUCUUUUGGAGGGAAGAAACAGACGACAUCGAACUCUUCGUUGCAGACGAUUCGUUGAUACGGGAGGAUGCCAUGUGGGUCAAGAAUAAUUUCCGUGACGAUUUUCGUUACGAAUGUAUCAUCGUCACAGCGCCGAACAUCUUCGAGCCCGAAGUGCUUCGCUCGAUCAAGGCGUUAGAAGAGUCAGUGAAGUCGAUAACUGUAAAAAAUAACACUUGGAACGAUGUCUGUGCGGGAUACUUUACGUGGUUCAACAUGAACGACACAAGCGAUGUCUUCACGGAUUUCGACUUCCCACCGGACAUCCUCGACGAAUUAAAUGACAAGAUGUUAAAGGAUGGAUGUAUAUACCAAUCGAUCGUACAACUCUGGGACGUGAGUUUGUCGAAAGAUCUUCGUAACUUGACGAGGGAGGAGAUACUCAAGGACGUAACCAAAGCGAUGAAACAUAAGAUAAAUGAUAAUAUUUUACUGGACGUCGAGCCUCUGCUCUCGGGUGUCGUUUACGACGAAGGGGGCCGAGUCAAAAGCGCGAACGCUACGAUUCUGAACUGGAUGCUGAAGAAGUCGAGCCCGUUCUCCGCCGACUGGGAGCUGGAGUUCGUAAACCGCGUUCUUGUCCACUCGAACGUCACAUUCCCCUCGGGGAUGAACGUGUACGCGCUGGCUGCGCGGAGUUACAUAGACUCGUUGAAUCAGAUACUGAACAGUAACUUGGUAGUGCUGUGCUGCGGUAUAUCUCUGAUAGCGGUGUACGUGAUGGCGAUGAUCGGAAGAUGUAAUUUAAUGGACCAACGGAUUUAUUUAUCUGUGAUGGGGGUGUCCGUAGUCGGGCAGGCUAUCAUAUCUUCUUAUGGGGUGUGCUACUAUCUGGGUUUUUCUUACGGACCGAUACACUCGAUCCUCCCGUUUCUAUUGCUCGGUAUAGGCGUCGAUAAUAUGUUUGUGAUCAUGCAGAGUCUUGAGAACCUCUCGGAAGCCGAUCAGGCCGCCGAUCUCUCGAUACGCAUCGCUAAAGCUGUCCAGCAAUCUGGUAUGUCCAUCACCGUAACCUCGUUCACCAACGUGAUCGCGUUCGCCUUCGGUAUUAUGACCGUGAUGCCGACCCUUAGGUCGUUCUACGCGUUCGCCACGUUUGGCAUUCUGUUCCUGUACAUAUACGAGAUUAUAUUUUUUGUGAGUUGCCUCGUCUACGACGAGAAGAGGCUCGAGGAGCAAAGAGACGGGUGCUUCUGUCAGCCGCGACCGAACUGGAAACCGAACAAGUGCAGUCAGAGGAACACGCAACAGAUCAUCUUCGAGAACUACAUCGGCCCGGGGGCUACCAAGGCCACGUCGAAAAUUAUCAUCCUGUUGAUCACCGCCGCCUGUUUAAGCGUCAACGGAUGGGCCGUGUUUCAAUUAGAGCAGAACUUCGAUCCUCUUUCUUAUUUAAACCAGGACUCUUAUCCGAUCCAAUUCAGCGACAAAUUAAAACAGUAUUUUCCGAAGUAUGGAAAACGAGCCGCGAUUUACAUAUCCGGCGUUAAUUAUUACGAGGAUCGUGAAACUCUGUUCGAGUUCGUAGAAGCUUUGAAAAGGAAUCGAUUCGUUAACAACGAGUCGAUUGACCCGUGGUUUAUUGCUUAUGAGAACUGGCUGAACGCUACUGCAAAAGAUGAUAUUGAAAGCGAGGAGGAGUAUUAUAAUGUUCUGUCGGAGUACCUGCUUCUAACGAAGGAAGGCCAGGCGUACAUCAAGGAUAUCAAUUUUGAUAAACUACCAGCUGGGGAGUAUAACAUAACGAAAUCGCAGAUUCCUCUGCAGCACAUCAUGCUCAAUACGACGUCGGAACAAAUACAAGCGAUGCAAUCGAUCAGAGACAUAGUGGACUCUGCGAAUUUUUCACAAGGCCAUGAUUACAUCGCGAUCUUCUCGCCCGAUUAUAUUUCCUGGAUGGCGAAUAAAGUGAUAGGCGAAGAAUUAGUUAGGAAUCUGGGUAUGGAAAUUGUAACUAUCGGCGUGGUGAUAAUAAUAUUCCUUAGAGAUUUGCGCACGUCGUUCUGGGUAAUCUGUUGCGUGUUCUUUACGCUGAUCAACUUGCUCGGUGCUAUGUAUUUCCUGAAUCUGACCAUUGAAAUGUCAUCGAGUAUCAUGAUCUUGCUAUGCGGCGGGCUGGCGGUCGAUUAUGCGGCGCACAUGGGUUUAGAAUUCAUACGCUCGAAGGGCAGUAAAAGAGAGCGAGCAAUAGCGACGAUUUCUAUAAUUGGCCCGGCUGUAUUCAACGGGGGUCUGAGUACGUUCCUGGCAUUCGUUUUACUCGGUUCCAGUGAGGCUUAUAUAUUCAGUACUUUCUUUAAGUUAUUCUCGUGUGUAGUGCUAUUCGGUCAGUUUCAUGGACUAUUGUUCUUACCAGUAAUUUUAAGUAUAAUAGGCCCCGACGAGAGGACAAUUGAAGUGAAGCAAGAGAAACAAGAAGUAGUUAUGACGAAGCGUCAUUGGUACCGAAAUAUACUUUUAUCUCAAGCCGAGAAAGAUGUAAGAGACAGACUUGCCAAAUAACAUUUGAUAAUUUUUCUAAAACUUCUUAGACAAUCUGAUUACAAGAAUAUAAUUCCAAUUGCGACCACUGCUCAAGUACUGUAAAGCAGUAAUCUAUACAUUCUCUGUUAACUUAUCUAUGUAAGAUGAUAGGCUAUGUAAGGAAAACGAACAGUACGAGUUAGGAGUAAAAUAAAUUUUUAUUAUCUUU